AUGAAAAUUGGUGCUUAGCAAAAGUUUACUGUUUGCAAUAUUAUUGCCUCACUCAUGAUUUUGAUACUGGGCCUGACACAUACGAUAGCCAUUUCAAAUUCUGGGUUGUUCCUCAUAUUAGACUUGCUGUUUUCGAUUAUAUUCUUGAUUUUGGAAUGGAAAUAAAAGUUCAUAAGUCAAACGAGCGAUUAUUACUUGGGAGUUACUCAAAUUAUAAUGAUCAUAAUUGAGAUCGAGAUGCUGAAAGAGAUUGCACAUGAAGUAUUGCUCUUAAAUUAUAUAACAAGGGAUCCUUUAUUUACAUUAUACUAAAACUCUUCGCCUUGAUUUAGAUUUUGUAAAUAUAAUUACUUUAAUCACUCCUAUUCUUUAUCGGACUUACGUAUCUGAUAGUAAGGUUCAAUUAAUUCUAGUAUGUUGUUUCAUACAUUGGAAUUGCUUUUGCACCAAUCAUUAUUGUAAAAUCCAAGCAUAGCUUUAGAUUUAUGAGCGAGAUGAUGCUAACGAACUUCUGGAAAUGCUGAAGGAAACUCUGCCUACUUCAAUUCUCGUUAUUGAUAAACAAUCAAAGAAGCCUCUCUAUCAUACCAAAAAUCUGGAAACUGAAUUUAAAUAUGAAAUCCUUCAUUCUGAUGAAUUUAUUAAAUGUCUUCAUUGUUUCUACUCUGAAAACAAAAUCAAAUUACAAAGUAUCAUUGAUAGUUUUCUUCCACAUAUGUAUAGUGCACAUCAACAUUUCAAGAUUUUAUUUUCCGAAAUAUUGGACAAUUGUCAAUAUUUAUCUUAGAGUCCCCUAUUUAAGAAGAUCUCAGGGUAAUUUGAUUCCCCUGAAGAUGAAUUCAACGAGGAACGAGAACACAAGAAUGAAAAUGAAAUUGUUAUUGAAACUCCAAAAUACAAGCAGCAUUCAAGACCCUCAAUCCUAUUAAGUGAGGAGACUCCUAAAUAUCAGAAAUCUAAAAUAAUAGAGGAAUUGAUAAUGAAAAGUUAAAGUUAAAAAACGAUUUGUUUAGUUUAAUUAAGGAAAAAGAAGUUGAAAAUUAAUUUAAAUAGUUGCCUAUGGUUUGGCAAAUAAGCCUUCAUGAUAAUAUUGUAAAGUAAAGAGAUUGACAAAUAAUUGCUCAAUUUAUAGGAACAAUUGAUUUAAUAAUAAUAAAUCAGUGAAAAUAAAGAUUUGAUUCUGGCAACAGUGUUUCAUGAUUUUAAAACUCCAAUCAACGGCAUUGUGUCCAUUUUGGAGAGCUUAGAUUGUAAAAGUGAAAUCACUCAAAUGGAAAAAUAUUAUCACAACAUCAUCAAGAAAAACGUUUAUUUAAUGCUUUAUAUGAUUUAUGACAUCCAAGAUUAUGCUCGAAUAUAAAAGAAACAAUUGAGAUUAUGUCUUACUGAUUUUUAUAUCAAUGAAAUAAUAGAUGAAGUUGUUGAAAUGUGUUUAAUUUAAGCAGAAUAAAAAGGAGUUGAAAUAAAAACAUAUUAUGACAUUCCCUCGUAUCAAAUUCACUCAGAUCCAAAUAGAAUUAAACAAAUUAUAAUGAACUUUCUGUCCAAUUCAUUGAAAUUUACAGAACAAGGUAGUAUCACAAUCUCAGUUCAAUCACUCAAUACUGAUAAGUCAUAACAUAUUAAACGUAGUAACACUUCCAAAAACAUACAGUAUUAAGUUGGAGAUCAAACUGUCUAGCAAAUUAGAAAAACGUUACAAGGAAAAUAUUAGGAAAGCUCUAUCAAUAGAUUAGUUUACUCAAUAUCAGUUGAAGAUACUGGCUGUGGCAUACCUGAUAAUAUCAAACCAUAACUAUUCAAUUUGUUUGCUACUUUUUCAAAUUAAAAGAUUGAGAAUAAAAGUGGAACAGGGAUUGGAUUGAUGGUUUGUAAGAAUCUUGUAGGUUUACUUGGUCCGUCAGAAAACAUAGAUCUUUGGAGUGAAUAAAAUGUGGGAACGAAGAUGACUUUUUAAAUCUAUGCGAAAUUGCAGGACAAAUCAAUGAAAUCAGCUAAUUAUAUCAGUUGUUUUAAGUAGGAACACUCUUCGUAAUAUCUGAGUAUUUAGUAACACGAUGAUUCAUCGAAUGGGAAAGAUAAUCAUUAAGUAAUAGUGAGAUCAUCUCUUGUGAGAAUCUACACAAAAGUGUAAGAAAAGACUGAAAAUGAUAUUAAUGAACCAUCUUCAGAGGAUCCUGAUUAAACGAAGACAAGAAAUAUAAUUUAAUUGAAAUCUUUGGGUUAAAAAUUAUUUAAACAAAAAACUUAUCCAAAAAUUAGAGAUUCUUAAGAGGUCUAGGAUCCAAGAAAAAAAUUAAGAAAAGUGUUAUAAAAUAAGAAAUUCGGAAUUUUAUUGGUGGAUGAUCAAAUCUUCAACUUGAUGGCAUUUAAGACGUUACUUCAGGACAUGAUAACUGGAUUAGAUAUUAUUGAAGCUUACAAUGGAUAGCAGGCGAUUAAUAAAGUAAUUUAACAAAUGGUAUUUUAGCUAUUGCAAAAUCAGAAGAGUUUAAACAUCAGAUAUGUAUUUCUGGAUCUAUAUAUGCCAAUUUUAAAUGGAUGGUAGGCUGCUGAAAAGAUUAGAAUCAUGGUAAAUGGUUGUAUUAUUGAUAGAUCAAUGAUAGAGAAAUUGAUGAUGUUAAAUUGGUUGCAUUAUCUGGUUUUGAUGAUGAAGAUGAAUAGGAGAAAUGCGAAAAAUUUGGAUUUGAUGCUUUCGUGCCAAAACCAAUAAAGUUGGAGGUUAUUGCAGAAGUCUUUUAUUAGCUUGAAAACAAGCAAUGA